AUGGAACUUGAAAAAUCUUUGAACCAAGGAAAGUUAUGCCUGUAUCUUAAAAUGAAUCGAAUAUAUGGCUGGUUACCUGAUAUCAAAGAUUCUUCAACCAUUUCCUCACCCGCUAUUGAAUGUAGAGGCACAAAUGAGUUUGACAGAGAAGCACUUGGUCCAGUCAGAUAUUUUCCAGAAAUUUCAGGACCAGAUGGUAAAAAAUAUGGUUCAAUAUCGAACAAUUACUUUCCAUACUUGAAAGUUAAAAAUUAUCAAGCCCCGUUAGUUGCUGUCCAAUUUCCCAAUAUAACAAGGAAUACUGUUGUUUUAGUUGAAUGCCGUUUAGUUGGUUUAAAGAAUUCUGAUGGCAGCACAAACUUUGAAGUGCUUAUUGGUAUCAAAAAAGGAAAGCGUCUUAAAUUGCUCGGGAGCAUUGACGAGUAUCAGUCGUGUAUAAAUGCAUUAAUAAACCAAGAAGCAGCCCACAGCAAAUUCAUCCUCUAGUGGAAUUCUUCACAGAAAUACGACCUUCCAUUAUGGAGAAUACUUAUUUUGAUAAAGCCUCGUAGUGCUACACAGUAAUGUAACUGAUGACGUUUCAAGCACAAUUUAUUAUUCCUAUUCAUAAUCAUAUCAAGUUACUCACACAAAUUUCCGACUUAGUUUAUAUAAUUCCCUUAUUUUUUUUCUCUUGAUUUGAUUGCUAGUGAUAUUUCCCAUAUAUCUGCUAUUAAUGAUGAGCCACUCCUAAUGCAUGUGUUGGGUUUAGACUAUAUGAAUAAAGAUUCAGUAAUCAACCUCUCUAUCUCCACCUACCUAUGUUACUUUUUAUUAUUUUAACCCUCUCCCAC